UGUUUAAAUUUAUUCAAUCAUCAGCCAAGUUCUACCACUAAUUAUCUGUUAGCUUUCCUUUGAAGAAUCUACGCAAAGAAUCAACGCAACAGAUUUGCAGUUGCUCACCACAAGCUUAUUUGCAGCUAUUGGUCAUGAUGAAGCCGGAACCUUUAUGUAAUAACUUGCGUUUGGCGCACCUUUUCCCCUUCAAGAACGGAUCCACGGAUCGAGUGAAGGACCGACUGACUGACUGACUGAAUGCCUGACUGACUGGUGAGCUCGUUUGUUUGUGAGUGUGCCCAUGCUUUCCCUCAUGAUUUGUUACAAUCAACGAAAGAUUAUUUCCCCCUCUCUCGUUCUCUCUCACUCGCUUAGUCAGUCAGUCAGUCGCUGGCUUGCUCGUUCACCUCCAGACGAAUGAAAUCAACCUCAUCACAGCAGUGCCUGAACGGAAAUAAAUCCGUCCCAAUAACAACAAUCAUUUGAGAUCGGCUGGCACAUUAUUCCUCCUUCAGGACUCGGUGACUGAUCUCCUACUUUGACCAUGGAAGGUUGACACUCGACCACGGUGUGAUUGGUGUCUGUGUGAGGCUAUUUUUCGCCUUCAAAACAAGAACUCUGCUGACUGUCAAUUUCAGAAAUCUGGCCAAUCUCCUUCUAGAUAUCCAUUGGCGAGCAACCAAACUCGCGUUGGAAAUACUCCAUUCCGGACUUGCUGACAGGUCUUGCAAUUAUUUUUGAAGAACAAAAAGCGGACGAGAAAAGCGGUCAAGAUUGGUGUGAUCAUAGGAAAGCCGUUUAAAGUCUCUGUCUCUUCCAAGUCCUCCAGUUCUUCCACAUCCUCGUCUUCAUCUUCUGGAGUGUCUUCCUUGGGAAACAGUUCAUUGGGAAAAUCUUCCAACCUUCCCGACAUCAAAGAUUCAUUUGGGAGGCCAAAUACUGGAGGCCAUUUUCUUCAUGUGAUUCCACCCAUCAAAGAUCUAGAGGACGACUUACCUUCAUCUAUAAGAUCGCAAAGUGCCUUUCUGAGUCCCAAAAUCCAAUUCAUCAUGACCAAAUCGCGAAACUCGGACGAUGCAGAUGUGCUCAAGGGUUUCAUCUCAGACCUCGAGAAUGAGCUCAAGGACAAAUCCGUCUCUUGUGCCACUUUCGAGGCCGAGAUCCGGUCCCUUCAGAGGAAGUUAGCCAAGAAAGAUGCCGAAAUACUCAAACAACAACGAGAACUUCACAAGCUCAAGAGUGUCCUUCAGCAAGCCUCGAGUAUUAUGUCUACGGGAGAUGACCACCUCUUGACCACCAUCCAAGAGCAAUACUCAAUGUCUGGUCAGCUCUCGUUGGCCAAGAAACAGGGUGUCUCAGGAAAGAGCUUGGACCCCGGGAAGUCCGUCAACAUCCCGAAGGUGGACAAAGACUUCCGCUCCAAGCAAUUGAUUAAGGAGGCUUUGACGGAAAAUGAUUUCCUCACCAACUUGUCUCCAUCUCAAAUGCGUGAGGUGGUGGAUUAUAUGGAACUUCAAAAGGUUCCUGCUGGCAGCUAUGUCAUUCGAGAAGGAGACUCUGGAUCCCAUCUGUAUGUAUCCAUGGAGGGUGAAUAUGAGGUCAUCAAAGAGGGCAAGGUCUUGGGUCGAUUAGGAGUGGGCAAGGCGUUUGGCGAAUUGGCCAUUUUGUACAAUUGCAAAAGAACUGCAUCAAUUAAAGCCAUAACCCAGGGUGAAGUAUGGGCUCUAGAGCGGACCGUGUUUCAGCAGAUCAUGAUGGCCACUGGAAUGCAGAAGCUGCAGGAUCAGCUCAAAUUUUUGCGAACUGUUCCACUCCUCUCAGCUAUGACAGAUGAUCAAUUGCUACGAUUAUCCAACGCCUUUGAAAUGACAACAUUCCCCAGAGGAAGUUACAUUAUCCGCCAAGGGACUAGUGGUGACACGUUCUACAUCAUCAGUGAGGGCAAAGUCAAAGUCACAAAGCGUCAAGAAGGAAAGAGAGAUGAAGAAGAGAUUCGAUCCUUGAGCCGCGGGGACUACUUUGGCGAACAAGCUCUCUUGAAAACUGAAUAUCGCACGGCAAAUGUUGUGGCUGAUUCGGAAGAGGUGGAUUGCUUGGCCUUUGACAGAGAGUCUUUCUUCCAAUUGGUGGGGGCCUUGGAUGAAUUGAGAGACAAAGAGUAUGCAGACGAACGACCAAGACCGCGGGGUAUCAAGGCCAUUGAAGAUAAGAAAGUCUCCAAAGAGUACGCCAGUGUUACCUUGAACGAUUUGGAAGUAAUUGCAACCUUGGGAGUGGGCGGGUUCGGUCGAGUGGAACUGGUUCAUAUUGCCCAAGAUAAAACAAAAACGUAUGCGCUCAAAUGCUUGAAAAAGAAGCAUAUCGUGGAGACUCAACAGCAAGAACACGUAUUCAGUGAGAAAAGGAUUAUGAUGAAUUGUAAUCACCAGUUCAUUGCAAAGCUAUUUCGGACGUUUCGGGACAGGAAGUACGUGUAUUUCCUCAUGGAAGCUUGUCUCGGGGGGGAACUUUGGACCAUUUUAAGAGAUCGAGGAUGGUUUGAUGACUCUACUACUCGCUUCUAUCUCGCUUGUGUCAUCAGUGCUGUUGAUUAUCUCCACAGCCGUGGCAUCAUUUAUCGAGACUUAAAGCCCGAGAAUCUUCUAUUGGACGCCAAGGGUUAUGUGAAGAUGGUGGACUUUGGAUUCUCCAAGAGGAUCAACGAGGGAAGUAAGACUUGGACCUUCUGUGGCACACCUGAAUACGUGGCCCCUGAAAUCAUCCUCAACAAAGGACACGACCGCUCGGUGGACUUCUGGUCCCUGGGUGUUCUCAUGUGCGAACUUCUCACGGGAACACCCCCGUUUACUGCAAACGAUCCAAUGAAAAUCUACAACAUCAUUCUGAGAGGUAUUGAGCAACUAGAGUUCCCUCGACACGUCACCAAGACCGCCAUUGCCAUCAUCAAGCGUUUCUGUCGAGAAAAUCCUGCUGAACGCUUGGGUUAUCAGAAAGACGGCAUGUUGGACAUCAAAAAACACAGGUGGUAUCAAGGGUUUGAUUGGGAUGGUCUUGAGGCAAGAACCCUAACACCUCCCAUUAUCUCAAAGCAAGAGAAGAUGUCGGCAGCAGGUCAACCAAACAAUCCUCCUUUAAAUGUAACAGAGUUAGAGGAAGCCAUGAUUUUGACCAUGGACAACUAGAGAGAAUCCCGCCCGUUUUGCCAAUGUGGCCGUCAGAUCCGGUCUCCCUCUGAUGCAUCAAAUUUCGACUCCUAUCCAAGGGAUGAAGAGAUUCCACCUGAUGAGGUGUCUGGCUGGGACGAGUCAUUCUAAUGUAUUAAACAUGUACCACUUCAUAGUUUAACAGACAUAAAUUUGCAUCAGCUUAACA